UUCAACUGGGAAGCUGCAGUUUGUUGCACGCGGAGAGGGAAAAGCGCUUUCAGUCCAGAGAGCGCAUCCACCAGCGCGCAGGCGAAAGUGGCUGAUGUUGUGACAGUUUCCCAGGGCGAAAGAGAUUGAGGGGGGAGAGAGAGAGAGAAAACCACAACAGUGCAACUUGGAUAUCAGUAACUGCUCUCUCUCUUUAACUCUCACACCCACCAAAUCGACUUUGAACCUGUUUGUUUAAAUACACGGACUUUUUUACAGCCAGCGCACUUAUACUGUUGAUUCUGCGCGUCGGCGGAGGAGCGGAGUUUUUCCUCAGUUUGGUGUCAGCGCCUUUUGGAGAGAAGCUCAAAAAACUUUUUGGGUGCCCCGAUGGUGCACCAUCCCCGCGCCGCCGAGGACCUGCUGGUGUUUUUUUACCCGAAUUUGUUUUCGGACGCGGCGUCGCAACUGUCACGGACAAUGGACGCGGAACCGGGGAGGUACUGAAGAUCUGUCUCCGUCUCUCCCCCAGGGAGAGUCCUCCCUCCCCCCCGGGGCGAUGCGGAUCUCCCUCUUCGUUCUCAGCGCCUCUCUGUGUGCCUGCGUGCUGCUCCUCCUCGCACCUGCCUCGGAGGGCUGCGGGCCGGGGCGGGGAUACGGCAAGAGGCGACCCCCGAAGAAGCUCAUCCCGCUCGCCUACAAGCAGUUCAGCCCCAACGUGGCCGAGAAGACCCUGGGGGCCAGCGGGCGGCCGGAUGGCAAAAUAACCCGCAACUCCGAGCGCUUCAAGGAACUCACUCCAAACUAUAACACGGACAUCAUCUUUAAAGAUGAGGAGGACACGGGCGCCGACAGGCUCAUGACCCAGCGCUGCAAAGACAAGUUAAACUCUCUGGCCAUUUCCGUGAUGAACAUGUGGCCAGGCACGAAGCUGCGGGUGACGGAGGGCUGGGAUGAGGACGGCCAUCACUCCGAGGACUCGCUGCACUACGAGGGCCGCGCCGUCGACAUCACCACGUCAGACAGGGAUAGGACUAAGUAUGCCAUGUUGGCCCGCUUGGCUGUUGAAGCUGGAUUUGACUGGGUUUACUACGAGUCCAAAGCCCACAUUCACUGUAGUGUCAAGUCAGACCACUCUGUGGCAGCCAAAACGGGCGGUUGUUUCCCUGGUGAUGCUCAGGUUAUCCUUGAAGGUGGUGGUACCAAACAGAUGAGGCACCUUCUCCCUGGCGACCGCGUCUUGGCUUCUUCUACCACGGACAGCCACGCCCCGCUCCUCUUCAGCCCGGUUGUAUCAUUUCUGGACCGCCAGCCCGACGUUACAAAGACCUUCUACAUUAUUGGGACAGAUGCGGGACGUAAUAUUACACUCACUGCUGCUCACCUGAUCUUUGCCACAGACUGUGCUGGUCAAGCGAGCGAGUCAGGGUGGGAAGAAACAUCUCAAGAGACACAAGGGGAGGGCAGGCCGAGCCACGGAGCGCCCCUGAGGACAGUUUUUGCCAGUGAGGUCCGGCCAGGACAGUGCGUGUUUACAUCAGCUGGGGAAGCUAAGUCGCAUGCAAGACUUUCAGUUGUGAACUUUGUGGAGGAGCAGCGGGCCACUGGGUUAUAUGCCCCGCUCACCCAGCAUGGGUCCAUAGUGGUGAACGGUGUGCUGGCAUCCUGCUACGCUUUUGUGGACAGUCACGAACUGUCUCACUGGGCCAUGGCCCCAUUAAGAUUCCUCUACAGCUUUUUAGGGCCUUCACAAGCCCAGAGUGACGGGCUGCACUGGUUCCCUCGACUUCUACAGACACUCGGGAAAAUACUCCUGGGCACUGAGCACUUCCACCCCUGGGGUAUUGAACAAUGACACAGAUAGGAACCACAGAGACAUAUCUCAGACUGAUGAUUUCUUUCAGUUACCUAUAUUCAGGGACGUAAAACAACAGAGCACAACUGUCUUUCUAUUGUAGAAGACAGCAACUGAGAGACAACCAAUGAUAACUGAUUUUAAAGCAUGAACAUAUUUAGUACUAUCUUAACUUGCCUGUAUUUGCUGUACUUCAAGAGAUGUCUUUCAUUUAUAUUUUUGCAAUGGGUAAAGAGAACAAAAAAAAGGAACAGCAGAAAACCUGGCACAGUUCCAUGAGUGUACCAGAAUUCUGAUACUCUAUUUUGAUAUUUCUGUUUGUCUUUCUUCACACUCCAUGGAUUCUAUAACAACAAGUAAGAUUCAAAGCUUCAGGUUGUUAAGUGAGACGGCCAGACUCUAACAUUCCAUCCAUCCGUUAUCAAUGCCCGCUUAUUCCUAUUCAGGGUAACUGGGGUCUGCUGGAGCCCAUCCCAGCUCUCUUCAGGCGUACACUCUGAACCACAGGGGAGAACAUGCAAACUCCACAGAGAAAGGCCCCUGCCAGGAUUUGAAACAGAAACCUUCUUGCUGCGAGGCAGCAGUGCUAACCACCAAGUCACUGUGCUGCCAGCUCCAUUGCUCCUUUCUCCUAUUUUUUGUGUAACCUGCAACCAUUUGUGCUUCCCUGAAGGCAUUUUAACAUAUGAUUUCACAUUGUGUUAUGCUGAAAAGAGCCGACCGAGGGGAAUACAGUUGGAGAAAAGUAAUCACUGCGCAUGGUUAUGUGUGAAGAUUUAUUCACACAAAGUAUUUAUACAGUAAAGCCAUUUAUCCGAAGGAAUCAAAGGUUUACUUUCAGAAUCAUCACUGCGCUCAAUUCACUGUUAUUUUAAUCUGCUUUAUAAGGCAUAUGCUGUAUAUUAAUUGGACCUUUUGUAAAGUCUAUGUGGAUACGGUGCAGUGCUGGUGUUGCACUGCAAUUUUGCAUCUGUAAAGGGCUUUUUUUUUUUUACAUUUGUGUUGCAGGGAAUGAAGAAUAAGAUCCAGUUUUUGUACUACAUGGUGUAAAAUCUCUAAGAUUUUUGAUUAUUGAUACAAGGUCGAUGCAUGGGGCUUUAAGAACCACCUCAUCUCCUGAUCUGUUUUAAGUCUACUGUCUCUUUUCAUACAACUUGUUUCAGGCUGUUUUUUCAUUUCAUUUACAUAGUUUCCUCUUUUGUAUCGGGUGUUCUAUUUAAAAAAAGUUUUUAUUUCUUUCUACAUUGUUUGGGCUGUCUGUUUUCAGGUUUUUUGUAAGACUCAGGCUGUAUUCAACUACUGUAUUAAGUAUCAUCUAUGCAUCAUAUUAAGUAGAUUUGAUUGCUCUCCUUUUAAUGGUCAUCUGUUUUCCACCUAUUUCCCCAGAUUAAAGACCCACAAAGGAGUGAUUAAUCUAAUCGAUUACUAACCAUUAGUACUAACUACAUGGGAAAUAAUUAUGCAGUUUUUCUAGGUGGCUGAAUAGAAAUGUUUUUCAUGGUCUCAAACACCGUCAGAGUAUACUCUUGUUGAGUAUGCUUUGUGGAAAUCCAGACAUUGCAGUGAUGUAUGAACUCCAAGAAUUAUUCUUCAUGUCUGCUCAAAGAUUUGUCAAAUAUGUAUAUUAAGCUAUUGUUGGAGAGAUUAUUUAAAGAUCUAUUUUUAGAAAAAGUAUGUAAAUGUAUUAUUAUUAUUAUUAUUGUUAUUAUUAUUUUUUCCAGCUCUGUUAAUAAAACGGUGUAUUUGAAAUAUAAA